AUUACUCAUGUAAGAUGCUUCAGUUUUUCCCGCCCCCUACGCCCGCUUAUCAAUAGCUCCAGCUCUGUCGCUCCAUCAUGCCCUCCCUGUCACUCGCAUUUAAUUUGAAAGUCUGUGCCGAUGCUAUCGUAUGUAGCAUGUAGUUUUUUCCCGUGCUUCCCGAGAACUACAUGUUUCACCAGCCCCGCAAAUCAUGAGUCAACCCCCCAAGUCCUCCCCCAACCCACAUUUAUGGCUAUGAAAUUCAGUUUUUGAUGGAGCAAACAACAGACUCCGGAAGGUUCUUUGUGCCAGUUCGAUUUGAAUUUUCGGAGGAAGGGGCUGCUCAAUCUGGGAAAGUUGCCUGCUCUGACACCUUGACGUUUGGCAAAUUGAAAGUUUGAACCCCCCACCCAUUCAACAUUCACCAACCCAUCAACCUGCCCGGAAUGCGCUCCUUGUGGCUUCUACUUCUAGUGGCUUUCGUUGGCUGUGGCCCAUGUGUUUCAGCUUUGCGUUGCUACAAAUGUGAAGACUGCGAUGAAAAUACGCAGCUAAGUGAAAUGGAAGUGUGUGAGGGUCCACUGAUGAGCGGCAAUGAACAAGGCACACCCGCCAACUCUGGUCCGAUACCAAGUCCUGCUCCUUCUCCAUCACCUGCUGCAACCAAUAAUACAAAUAGUGCUCCUGGCCCCUCCUCUUCCGAUGCCAGCGAAGAUGAAGAGGACUAUGAAAGCGACGAAUCGGCGACCAUAGGCAUCAUGCCAGCAGGCGGAGGAGCAACUGGAGGAGCAACUGGAGGUGCAGCUGGAGGAGCAACUGGUGGAGCAGCUGGAGGAGCAGCUGGAGGAGCAGCUGGAGGAGCAGCAGCGGAAGAAGUUGUCAGCGAAGAGGAGGACGAAGAUGAGGAGGAGGAGGAGGAGCGACGCAAGCGGAGAUCGAGUGCACGACAGGUCGAUCUCGAUGUGCCAAUCGCCUUCUGCUACACAGUGAGGCUCCAACUUAACGAAUCGACGAUCACCAAGAGGGGCUGCACCACCGCCAGGAAGAGCAAUCAGACGGGUGGAUGCGACGGGCUCUUCGAGAACUGGACUGUGGCCGGAUGCCAGAUGUGCCAGGACGAUGGAUGCAACCAACCGAUCGCCAUCGGAUCAGCCAGUAGAAGCAAUGGCCCAUUCUGGACACUGCUGGCGGCACUCACGCUAAUGGCAUUUAUGACCCGCCAUCCGAUAUGGUAGAGAAUCAGCAGACACAGUGUGGGGCCA